AAACACUCCGGAUACCCAAUGGUGUGUAUCCGAACAGCUCGCAAUAAUUAUGGCGAGCGACAGCGCUGCUGUCAAUCACGUGGAUGCAGAGGAUGACGAUGACUCUUCCGGGGAAGCUGCGUUGGGAGGAGCCAUGCGGAAUGCUCUGCGCACGGCUAUCACGCGCAUCCGUCUACAGAAUCCCAUCGUUGGGUCGUUUCCCAGAACAACAAAGGUGCCGACGAAGGCGGUGGCGUCGGCAUCGGACAACCUCAGCUUCCUCAUGGACGUGACGGGGUACGUCAAAGAAGCCAAGGACCAAAUCGCAGAGAAAACGUCGUCCAAAGCCAAAGCUGUCAAGCUGGCGCACUGGGCCACCACAACGUGGGUGCCCAACCUCGUGCGGUCCACCAUCUUAGGCAGUGUGACAUGGACUAGCUACGAAGUGACCACAGCACACCUCGUCGCUACGUCCCCUGCACUAUCUACAGCAUCUGACCUGCAGGUUCACUUGCAAGGUCAACGCAUCGAGUGUGUAUCACAUGGCCUCGUAGACGUUGCUUCCGUGGGCAUUUGGCGUGUCGGUCGUGGCCGGUACGGUCGCCGGCUCGCUGCACGGAACUCUCUGGUCCGUAUCCGAGACAGCAUUGGCCCGGUUCAAGCGCGAAGCAAGCAGUCCAUUUCGCGUUCGUGGUGUCCUCUUCAGCCACACCUCGACGCAUUUGGCCAUGUUUGCCAGCUACGAAACCACGAAAACUUUCUUGAUGCAUCAAGUUGAGGGGGAUCACACGGACGUCCAAGGCGCGGCGUGCAUCGUGGGAGCGGCAGCCGCGUCCGGACUCGUCGGGGAACUAGCCACGCACUUUGCAGCUCCGUUCGAGCACCAAUCCUUUGCGGCUGCAAGGCAGGAACUUCGAACUCUUCCGCUACCGUCGCUCCGAAGCAUGGCCCCGUCCGGCUUGUCCACCAUGCUAGGUAAGACGAUGCCAUGAUUGUACCAGUUUGCAACGGAUGGAGGGUGUGUGUGUAGGUUGGCUCGCCUACGAGUUUGCAAAAGAAGCGCUUGAGGCACCGUCCCAUGCUGAAGUACAAAACCAUGGUUAGCUUAGAAUAGUGCGCCACGAAAAUCGUAACAAUAAUGUUAACUAGUUAGGGCUGGUCUGGAUGCCACCCCAUAAAAUUAUGC